CACCUAUCGCGGAAAGAGUCGAAGAUGUCGGCUCGGUCAUGUGAUCAGCUGUGUCCAAUCACAGCUGAUCACAUGGCACUGAUGAUCAGUGUGUCCUGAUGAUCAGUGUAGCCCCAGCAGUGCCACCUGUCAGUGUCCAUCAAUGCCUUAUGUCAGUGCCUCGUGCCAGUGCCCAUCAGUGCCACAUCAGUGCCACAUAUCCGUGCACAUCAAUGCCACAUAUCAGUGCCCAUCUGAGCUGCCUUUCAGUGUCACCCAUCAGUGCCAGUCAGUGCCACCCAUCAAUGCCAAUCAGUGCCGCCUAUCAGUACUGCCAGUCAGUGCCGCCUAACAGUGCCAGUCAGUGCCGCCUAACAGUGCCAGUCAGUGCCGCCUAACAGUGCUGCCUAUCAGUGCCAUAGAUCAGUGCCAUGUAUCAGUGCUGCCUUUCAGUGCCCAUCAGUGAUGCCUGUCAAUGCCCAUCAGUG